AUGUAAUUAGUCGAGCAGCGUUAUGACGAUCUGGGCUCCAAUUCUACUGCCUAGAUGUCCCGAAUACUGAAAGGAAGCUUUCUAUUGAAUGAUUAAAUAUUGGCAAAGAGAGAGUUAUUUUAAGACACUAGCAGUAUGAUUGAUGAGGAAUCAAAGAACAAAGAUUCCUUCGAAAUGGACGGAGAUCAGCAUGAAGAUAGCAAUUAGAUGCAUUAUCCUAACUAGAUCGUCCUUGAACUUAAUGAAGAAGAGAAGGAGAGAAUAGCCUAGGCUGCUAAGGAGGAUGGAGAGAAUGUUCAAGAUUAGCUCUAGGAGAAGUAGCACGAGUUCGAUUAAGAACUUGUUGAAUUCAAUUUAAAAUUUGAGUAGUCCAUUGAAAACCACAUCAAUUCGAAUGCAUUUACAGAUAGGAAAAUAAUUGGAUCUCUUUUGGGUAUGAGUGUGUUUGGUGGAGUUGGGUUUUUGGUUUUCAGUGGGGCUAUUACUUUCGGAAUAAGUGGAGGGGUGCUCGGAAUUGUCUUGGGCGGAGUUAUAGGAAGUCGCAUUCGAAGGAAAGUUGAUUUGAAGAAGUUGACAGUUGAUCAGUAUUUAUCAUUUAAGAUCACACAGAUAAUUAAGUGGACAAAUAAAAAUUACAAAAAGCUAGAUUAGCUGUGGUUUGCCAUUCUAGUAGAAAAAGUAUCCAAUAAGAUAGAAUUAAACUAACUUGUAUUAGAUUUUGAUGGAAACCAAGACGCUCCAAGAAUAUGCAGAUAAAAAACCUGCUUAAAAAACUUUACCUCUGUACUCUAUAUAUUUUAUCUUAUCCAAUUAUAAUAGAAAAGUCACAUUCCUACUAUUGAAGAAUUCAUCAAAUUUGAAGAAGUAGACUAGAAAAAAACAAUCUAUAAGACCUUUAAUUUCUAUAUUCCAUUUUUGCAGUUCCUCAAACUUAGUAAAGCUUUCAAGAAAUAUCAGAGCAUGAAUAUCUAUAAGAAGCUGGUUGCUUUGGUUUACUCUCAUGAACUGAUCAACAGUAUCAUUAGAGUAGUCGAGGAGAGUAAAACUGAUUAGAGAUUUGGAUUUAGCCUUGAUCACGAAUCGGUUAUAUUCUUGCCAGAUGAGUACGACAUUUUAGAGACAUUUAAAUAAGCAGUCAAUCACAAGGAUAACGAGCCUUUUGCUCUGCUUAAGAAGAGAGUUAUUCAGUAUAUAUGCAUUGAGGAAUUGGUAGAGGAGCAAAGGCGAGAGGAACUUGAGAAGAGGAGAUUCACCAAUGAUCUCAAUAAUAGUCAUUAGUAGUAGCAUAGGAAUUAGAACCAUUCAAUGUAUAAAGAAAAUAACUCAUAUAAUGAUGAUCUCAAGAAUGUAGAAACUUAACAGCGGUUUCUCAUCCAGCCAGAAAUAUAGAAGUUCCCUCCAUAAUUUUCACUCAUCAAAGAAUCUCCUAUAAAAGCUGAUUUUAAUACUUAUGGAAAAGGCUACGAAGGCCCUCAUCAUUUGAAUUAAGUAAUGGAUAAGUAACUAAGUUUAGCUCGUGGUGACUAAGAAGGAGUUGAUGAGGAAAACAUCUCAUUCAGGCAGAGAAGUUAGAGAUAGAGUCUGCUUGAUAAAUAACUCAGUGACGAAAGCACUACUAAUAAUGCCUCUGAGGAAUAAAAGCAGAACAAUAAGUAUCGCUUGGAGGAUGGCAUGGAUGCACCUCCUCAGAUAGUGAAAAGCAGAUCAGUAGAACCUUUAGACCAGGACUUCACUAAUCUAAUGAGAGUAGCUGUAGAGGAUGUAACUUCUUGGGAGAAAGCUUGCACAGGCGAGAACAUCAGUGUAUAUAAGAAAAUGACUGAAGGAUCUCCUAUCGUGCUGCUUAAAGCGUUUGCAUUAAUCAAAGGUGUUGAUCCAUUAACAGUCUUUGAAGUUAUGUCAAACUAGGAGAUCAGAAGGCAGUGGGACAAGGUUGUUUGUGGUUUUGAAAUAAUCGAAGAUGAUCCGCAACUAAAUCUCUCUGUUAUAUACUAUAUGAUAAAAACGCCAAUAGGAAUCAGUAACAGAGAUUUUGUUUAGCAAAGGAAAAUAAAGUUAGAUUUUCCUAAUGAUGGAAUGAUAACUAUGCACUUUAAGAGUGUUAAAUGCAGCAAGUGUCCUGAAAAGCCAAGAACUAUCAGAGCAGAGACAAUCAUCAGUGGAUAUAUAUUGGAGAAAAUCAAGAAUAAAGAUGGCUCUGUUGAUACAGCCAUCACAAUUAUUAGUCAGAAUGACAUUAAAGGCAUUGUUCCAAAGGCUAUAGUAAACAUGGUUUCAGGAAAAGCUCCAAAGUAAUGGGUUUAAAAUCUAGUAAAAGGAUGCACAGAUUAUCUUAAUGGAGUAUAUACAAAGUGA